AUGUAUACCAAACCGCUACUCACAUCAGCGCUACUUGCUGUCUCGGUUGCUGCCACCAACCCAUGGGCAGACCAACCUGUAGCUGUGGUUCAGGCGCCUCCGCCAGCUGCCUACACUCCUCCAGCAGCUGCAUACACCCCUCCUCCCAUGGCUAUGGUUCACCAGACAACAGCGAUGACAACCGUAGCGGCUGCCAUGCACACCAUGCCCGCUGCAGCGCCGCCCGCAGCACCUCCUGCAGCCCACAACGCCAAUCCUUGGGCGGAUGUCAAGGGUCAGAAUCAGCUGACUGUCUUCCUCGUCUCCGUGGGCGACAAUAAUGGUUCGCUGAAGUACUUCCCUGACACUGUACACGCUCCUCCUGGGUCCGUUGUCCAGUUCCAGUUCCACCCCAAGAACCACACCGUCACAGAAUCAACCUUCGACGCCCCUUGCAAAGCGAAAGACCCGUCACUCGCGAAGCCUCAGCGCCCUGGUCUCAAGUCUGGCUUCGUUCCCGUCAUGCCCCAAAGCGAGAACACGCCUGUCUACAACGUCCUGAUCAACGACACUGAUCCCAUCUGGAUCUUCUGCGGCCAAAUGCCCCAUUGCCAGCGCGGCAUGUCCAUGGUCAUCAACCCUCCUAACAACCCAGAGAAGACCAUUCAGAAGUACCAGGAAGCCGCUGCCAAGCUGCCCAUACCAUCGCCACCAGCUGCUGCUCCUCCCGCAGCCGCUCCUCCUGCAGCCUCUCCUCCCCCAGCAGCAGCUUCUCCGCCACCAGCUGCUGCCAGCCCGCCCUCGCCACCACCAGCUGCUGCCUCGCCCGCCUCACCUGUGUCACCUGCUCCUGCCGCCGGUUCACCUGCUGAGCCUGCACCAGCAACAUUCACUGGUGCUGCCUCGAGAAUGAGCUACAGCUUGGGUGCUGCGUUGGUGAUGGGUGCUGUUGCGUUGCUAUGA